AUGGGGAACAGGGGGAUUGGGGAUCGGCAAACUUUCCGAAGCGCACGGCGUCGCACUGUGCCCAUGGGGCAAAUUGUUCGGUCCCGUCCAUCCCAGACCACAUGGGCAAGCGACGCGGUUUUGCGAACUCAACGGGGCUGGAAUCGCCACGAAACGGCCAAGCUCGUCUAUGCCACCGCCGACUGUCCUGUUAUACUGAUGACAGUUCUCAUGAGGAGCAUUGGUGGCAUUAUGUCAAAGGGUGGUCCACUUUUUGGUCGGCUUAAUUUUGUUGGAGCAACGACUUCGCGAUACCAGAAUUUGACUGAACCGUAUCGAUCAGUGCAUAGAAUUCGUGUUCUUCCAGUCUUUCAGUAA